CCCGAGCUUGAAGAAGCCAAGGCAAAAGGGUCCAAUGGAUGCAUUUUUUACUCCUAACCCAGAAACUGUGGUUCAAAAUAGAAAGGACAAAGGAAAACAAACUUCAUUGAAUGCGACAUACAAGAAGGAAAUGAGAGAGCACACCAUCCAAAGAAUUGCUCGAUGGUUUUAUGAUGCAGGAGUGCCUCUGAAUGCUUGCACAUAUGAAAGUUUUGCCCCUAUGAUUGAGUCAAUUGGACAAUUCGGUCCUGGAUUGAAACCACCAUCUUAUCAUGAGUUAAGAGUUCCAUGUUUGAAGAAGGAAUUAGAAGCAACAAAUGAGUUGAUGAGUAACCAUAAGGUAGAGUGGGCCAAGGUUGGAUGCACUGUUAUGGCUGAUGGAUGGACCGAUAGAAGAAAUAGGACAUUAAUUAACUUUUUAGUUAAUAGUCCUAAAGGCACCAUGUUUAUUGAGUCCAUCGAUGCUUCAUUUUAUGUGAAAGAUGGAAAGAAGAUGUUCGAGUUACUUGAAAAUUUUGUAGACCAAAUUGGAGAAGCGAAUGUUGUACAAGUAGUUACCGAUAGUGCCUCAGCAAAUGUGAUGGUAGGGAGAUUGUUAGAAGCAAAACGGCCACAAUUAAUAUGGUCUCCGUGUGCCGCUCAUUGCUUAGAUUUGAUGUUGGAGGAUAUAUACAAGAUCUCGAAUAUUCGCAAAGCAUUGAAAAGAGGCAUAGAGAUCAACAAUUUCAUAUACGUUCGUCCUGGAUUGUUAAACAUGAUGCGACGUUUUACUAACCAAAAGGAGUUAGUUAGACCAGCUAAGACUCGUUUUGCUACUGCUUGCAUUACAUUAUCGAGUAUACAUCGUCAAAAGAAUAAUCUGAGGAAGAUGUUUACUUCAGAUGAAUGGAAGGACAGCAAAUGGAGUAAGGAGCAACAAGGGAAACGAGUAGUUCAGACUAUUUUGUUGGCUAGUUUUUGGACUACAAUUGUUUUCGCUCUUAAAGUAUCUGGCCCACUAGUCCGAGUUCUUAGAUUGGUUGAUGGCGAGAAGAAGCCACCUAUGGGAUAUAUUUAUGAGGCCAUAGAUAGAGCUAAGGAGGCUAUUGCUAAAUCCUUUAAUAAUAAUGAAGAAAAAUACAAGGACAUUUUCAUCAUAAUUGAUAAAAGAUGGGAGCUUCAGUUGCAUCGUCCUCUGCAUGCAGCGGGGUAUUAUUUAAACCCGUCAUUCUAUUAUUCGAAUCCUAACAUCCAGGAGGAUGAUGAAAUAGUUAAUGGACUCUACUCAUGCAUAACGAAAAUGGUUGCUUCAUUGGAACCCGAAAGACUCAGAAUGAUGAGGUAGAGGUAAUGCUAAAAGAGAGAGAUCUGACAUUGAACGCAUUGAAGGAGAAUCUUCACUUAGCCCAAAACCGCAUGAAGAAAUGGGCAGACACCAAAAGAAGGGAGUUGAAGUUCAAGGUGGGUGAUGAAGUGUACCUAAAACUCAGACCUUAUAGGCAGAGAUCCUUAGCUCGGAAAAGAUGUGAAAAGCUGGCACCAAAAUUCUAUGGGCCUUACACAAUCAUUGAAGAAAUAGGAGAUGUGGCAUAUAGAUUGAAACUUCCACCAGAAGCGAGUAUUCAUGAUGUGUUCCACAUCUCACAAUUGAAGCUCAAGCUAGGUAAGCAGCAUGUUGUGCAGCAACAACAACCUAUGUUGACAACAGAUUUCGAGUUACAACUAUGGCCAGAACAGGUAUUGGGAAUUCGCUGGAAUAAAGAUUUGGGAGCUAACGAAUGGCUAGUCAAGUGGAAGAAUUUAUCAGAAACUGAAGCAACAUGGGAAGCUGUCUAUCAAAUGAAUCAACAGUUUCCCACAUUCCACCUUGAGGACAAGGUGAAUUUGGAACCGAGGGGUGUUGUGAGACCCCCAAUCAUACAUACGUAUGUUAGGAAGGGUAAGAAGGGAAAUUCACCAACAAGUAAUGAGAGAGAAUGAGUGGGAAGUAAGAGAAUGUGCAGGUGGGUCCCACUGGGUAGGAAUUUGAGGGUGAGUAUAAAUAGAAUGAUUGGGAAAUAGGGAUAGGGAUCUUUUUUGUUAACCAUAGGGAAAAGAGGGGCGGCAGCAGCCGUAAAGGGGAGGGGGUAUCCUUCUUGUAAAGGAUGCUGGUAUGUUCUUGAUAUUUACUGUUCUUGCUUUCAUUUCAUAUUGUAGCUGUAUCUUUUGGCUAUAUACAUAAAUAAAGAAUCACAGGGGCUGUCUCUAUUUAGCCAUUGUUGAGUGUUUUAUUAGAAAGUGGGUUAGAAUCCUGACAUUUGGUAUCAGAGCCUAACAAAAAAAAAAAAAAAAAAA